AUGAAGUUACUCAUCAUCACCUCACUCUUCAUAGCAGUGAACGCCCAGAACUGCAGUCAAGUCUAUUUCGGAAACCGUUAUUAUAAAUUGGAACUUCUCAAAGAAGGUUUAAAUAACGUUCAAGAUCUAAAACUGAACCCUAACGACAAUACCUUAUAUUUCAUUAUUGAUCAGAUAGCUAAAUGGCCAACCAAAGCCCUAGGAUACUUAAAUAUAGACAAUAAAGAAUCAGGUAUAAUCGAAGGUAUAAGAAACGCUACUACUAUAGCCAUAGACAAAGAUUACAACAGGGUAUAUGUUGGCGGUUCAGAUGGAAUAUACAGAAUUAAUGAUAAAAAAACACCUGAAAUCUUACCUAUAAGAGAUAGCAUUCACAGCAUGUUUUUUAAAAACGCCCUAUUCUAUACUAAUAAAAGAAAACAAGCUUAUAUUUACGAAAAUAAUUACAUAAACCCCAUAUAUGAAUUGCAAGGCGUAGAAGCUGAAAAUAUAAUGCUAGAUGAUGACAAUAAUAUCUUUUUUACACAAGGUAAGACUCUGUUUCGUGUAAAAAUGGGUACUAAAGCUAUCAAUUCUCAUGAGAAAUAUAGAGUUGACGUGUUGGCUGCAGAUGGUUAUUUCAAACCUUAUAUAAGUACAAAAGAAGGUGUAUAUGUAUACAAUAAGUAUAAAUACGUGUUCGAUAAGGUGUCUUCCAUUGUUUAUGUAAAAGCUUUGACAUUUACUAAAAAUGAUGAACCUAUUUUUUGUGCUUUUGAUAAAUUGAUUAGAUUAACUAGUAACAGUGAUAUUUGUUUGACACAAUAGUAUGGGAUGGUUACAGACCUUGUUGCGGAGUUUUCACAUUAGCUAUGUCGUAUAGAAGAGUACUCAGAAUCUAGUUGACACCGGUUUUUUGUGAAAUUACACCACUAGUUUGUUACGAUUCCCACUAAGAUCAAACACAAAGAAUAAUUCCUUGGAUCUGUGCGCCAAACUAAGGCCACCAAUAAGAAGAUUCAUAAAUUCAUUCAAAAGUCGAAACAAUGCAAAUGCCUUUGUGACCAGGCUAUAUUCAUUAUUUAGUUGAUCAAGUUUACUCAGAACCUAGGCAAAAACCACUUUAAAAAAAAUUCAUUUCAAUAUUGGUUCUACCGGGAAUGCAAAAA